UUUGGGCUGUUUAUAGGUUACUCUAAUCAUUUUCACUCUUAUUAACGUUAUUUGAAUUGAAGUAUUUUUAUUUUCCCAAAAAAGUUUGAGUUUUUGAAGUAAUCAUUCAUUUGGAUGGUGUUGAAGAGGAGUUUUUGUACCGGUGAAGAGGAGAAUGAUAAUCCACAAUUACAAGCAAAUCAACAAUCUAAUCAGCGUGUUAAGUUCACCAAGUGUGUGUGCAAAGAUAAGUUAUGGUUGCAAGCAUUUUCUGCCCAGUUGGAGAAUUCAAUCCGAAAAGUGGUCAGGGAGGAAGUAGAGCAGGUUAUAAAACACUCCUACCACUCCAUUUCAAGGUUAUUGCCAAGCCAGGCUAAGCCAUGUGAUUCAAGGAAGUACAAGUUGCAGUUCGAGGGAAAGUUACCUCAGAAACUGUUCACUGGCAACAAGGUAGAAGCUGAAGGGCCUUCGCCUAUCAAAUUGUUCCUUCUUGAUACGGUUUCUGGUCAUCGAGUAACAGACGGUCCACUGUCAUCAGCAAAAAUCAAAAUCUUUGUUCUUGAUGGACAUUUCAAGGCCGAGGAACUAGAGAGUUGGACAGCAGAAGAGUUGGGAAACAAUGUUGUUUCCGAGAGGGAUGGUAAAAGGCCAUUGUUGGUUGGACAGGAUGUAGUAAUUUCUUUGCGAAAUGGGAUCGGCUCUGUAAGUGAUAUCUGUUUUACAGAUAACUCCAGUUGGCAAAGAACCAAGAUGUUUAGGCUUGGUGCUAAAGUUGAAGAUGAAGCCAAAGGAAACCAUGUCAGGGAAGCGGUAAGUAGUCCUUUUGAAGUCAAAGAUCGACGUGGAGAGAAUUACCAAAAGCAUUCGAUUCCAUCACCAGAAGAUGAAGUCUGGCGUUUACCAUGGAUAGCAAAAGAUGGGAAGAUCUGCAAAAGGUUGGCUGAACAUCAAAUUUUCAAAGUAAAGGAUUUGGUGUCACAGUAUUACCUUAAUGAGUCCUUACUCCGCCAAAUUCUUAACGUUUCUCCCAGAAAGUGGGAGACAAUCAUCCAGAGAGCUAAUUCAUGCUUUUCAGGCAGUACUAGCCAAAGUUCAAGUGACUCUGCAGCACCGUUGGACGUUCAUGUUCCUGUUAACCUGCAUCAGUACUGUAUGCCUCAAGCUUACCAUACAGAGGAGCAUAACCAUCAUCUGGAUCAGUCCGCGGGUCUGAACAAUCCCUUACUCAUGGAUUAUUUAGCUGGAUCAUGCUGCGAGGAUGGAAAUUACCUUCCGUCUCUAGAAGAUUCUAUGCUACCGCCUUUCCCUAAUAUGUUCGACUCUGAACCCUCUAGUUUCCGUGUUACAGUCAGCAGCAGGCGGCUUGCCCCUUAAAUAUUUGAAGGGGUAGGCCGGAAAGAAAAGGGUUUCUUCUCUAAUGUUUGGUAUUUUCUUUACAUGUCAAGUGCUAAAUAAUGGUUCUUUUGUGUUGUAACAGAUAUACCCUAUGUUUCCAGAUGUAAUUAGUCUUGGUUCAUUUUGUUCACAUAAAUGUAGUUUUUCCUUUUUUACAUGGAAAAUCACAUUAGUAUAUACUAUAUAGUUGCAUGUGUUGGUAUCCUUAAUGACACAUGGUUAUUGAUGGAUUUCAUAAUCUUCUCGUUAACCUCAUCGAAAUAUAUGUAUCUGAUGUCGUUCAUGGCAAUGAUCUUGUGCAGUUUGUC